GUAUUCCAGGCCAGCGGCGGAGACUCGGAGCACUGCGGUACAUGCGCCUGUUCAGCCUCGGCUCUCCCCUCCACACACUUCCCCCCAGCAGCAGCAGAGCACACGGAGGCCGACACACGUCUGAGCUUUGAUGUGAACUUGCACGGAGGAUUGGAAGGGACCCGGGAAGCCUCAGUUUGUGCUGCUACACAAGCCGAAUGGUGUGUGGCAGCUUGCUUUAGGACUGCAAAGGACUGACAAAUAAAACAACCUCUCCCUUGACUGUGCAGAAGGAACGGUCUCUGAGGUCCCACGCUUCUCCUGCACAAACAGUAAAGCCAAAGUAGGUGCGGUGGGGGCUCGGCUGCUCCCAGGUCAGAACAAACCGGUCACCAUGGACGUGGAUGAGGAGGAGAAUAUGAGUUCGAGCAGCACUGACGUUAAGGAAAACCGAAACCUGGACAACGUGUCCUCCAAAGAGGGGGGGGCUGUGGCUGAACAGCUCCCCAACGGAAGCGGCGGGGGCAGCCGAAAGCGGCCCUUAGAGGAGGGCAACAAUGGUCACACACACUCCAAGUUCCGGGCCAAGAAGCGAAAGAAAACACCAGGGCCAGUUCUGCCCAAGAAUGCUCUUAUGCAGUUGAAUGAAAUCAAACCAGGGCUACAGUACAAACUGCUGUCUCAGACGGGACCUGUCCAUGCACCGGUUUUCGUCAUGACGGUGGAGGUCAAUGGACAGAUGUUUGAGGGCAUGGGCCCCACUAAGAAGAAGGCUAAACUGAAUGCAGCUGAGAAAGCACUGCGCUCCUUUGUCCAGUUUCCAAAUGCCUCUGAGGCACACCUGGCCAUGGGUCGAACACUGACAGUCAACACAGACUUCACGUCUGACCAAGCUGACUUCCCGGACAUGCUCUUCAAUGGCUUUGAGACACCUGCAGCUCCUGAGGAUUCCUUCUAUCUUGGCUCCAAUGGUAGCAGCUCUUUAAACUCGCUAGGGGAGUACCCGCUGCCCGUGCCGCCUGGCAGCAACCUUGUCCAGGCGCCGUUGCCCCCUCCAUCCUCCUUCAACUCACCCUCCAGUGGCAAGAACCCCGUCAUGAUCCUCAAUGAGCUCAGGCCGGGCUUAAAAUAUGACUUUGUGUCAGAGAGCGGCGAGAGUCACGCCAAGAAUUUUGUGAUGUCAGUGACGGUGGAUACACAGACGUUUGAGGGCUCAGGGCGCAACAAGAAGCUGGCCAAAGCCCGGGCAGCACAAGCUGCCCUCUCAGCCCUGUUCAACAUGCAGCUAGACCAGACACCAUCCCGGCAACCCAUACCCAGAGAGGGAUUACAGCUUCACCUGCCACAGGUUCUCGCUGAUGCUGUCUCCCGCCUGGUGGUGGAUAAAUUCAGUGAGCUGACGGACAACUUCACCUCCCCCCAUGCACGACGGAAAGUCCUGGCAGGGGUCGUCAUGACAACAGGCACAGAUGUGAAGGAAGCACAGGUCAUUUGUGUCUCCACGGGAACCAAAUGCAUCAACGGUGAGUACAUGAGCGACCGUGGCCUGGCGCUCAACGACUGCCACGCUGAGAUCAUCGCCCGACGCUCGCUCAUCAGGUACCUCUACACCCAGCUGGAGUUCUUCCUCAGCAGCAACAAAGAGGACCACCAGAAAUCGAUAUUUGUGCGAUGUGACAAGCGAGGCUACAGGUUAAAGGACAACGUGCAGUUCCACCUCUACAUCAGCACCUCGCCCUGCGGAGACGCCAGGAUCUUCUCUCCACACGAGGCCGGAGUGGAAGAUCAAGGUGACAGGCAUCCCAACCGGAAAGCACGGGGCCAGCUGAGGACCAAAAUUGAGUCGGGGGAGGGAACCAUCCCUGUGAGGUCCAGCAACACCAUCCAGACCUGGGACGGGGUGCUGCAGGGGGAGAGGUUACUCACCAUGUCCUGCAGUGACAAGAUUGCAAGGUGGAACGUCGUGGGCAUCCAGGGCUCUCUGAUGAGCUACUUCACAGAGCCAAUCUACUUCUCCAGCAUCAUCCUGGGCAGCCUCUACCACGCCGACCACCUCUCCAGGGCCAUGUACCAGCGUAUCGCAGACAUCGAAGACCUGCCCCAGCAGUUCACCCUCAACAGACCUCUACUCAGCGGUAUCAGCAACGCAGAGGCCAGGCAGCCAGGCAAGGCACCCAACUUCAGUGUGAACUGGGCGGUGGGCGACCAGGCCCUGGAGGUGAUCAAUGCCACCACAGGCAAGGAUGACAUGGGCCGCGCUUCACGCCUCUGCAAACACGCUCUCUACAGCCGCUGGGUGCGCCUGCACUCCAAGCUGUCGUCCACCCUGCGGAUCAAGGUGCCCAAGCCCAGCUCCUACCACGAAGCCAAGCAGGCGGCCGUGGAGUACCACACCGCCAAGCAGACGCUCAUCAAGGCCUUCCACAAGGCCGGCCUGGGGGCCUGGGUCAAGAAGCCCAUCGAGCAAGACCAGUUCACCCUCAACUCCUGAGGGAGUGAAAGGGCAGAGGGAUUACCAAACCCCCCAAUUCAUCACCCCCGACCCAGGCCUGACAGGAGAGCCCCCUCUUAACAACCAGCCCACUGAGACUCUUACCUCCGUCCCAUGUGUUUGCACGCACGUGCACUUUGUACAUGUGGAAAUGAACGUGCAUAGUUUUACAAACCAUCCCUAGCACAUCAUUGUCAUUCCUCAGAGGACCUCAGCCUCAUCUUUUUCUUUUCUCAUGCUAUUGUUUUGGGGUUAUUUUAUUGUCUUUUUGUUUGUUUAUGUUUUAUUGUGUGUAUUUAAUCGACGGUGCUCUUCAUCUACUUGUUUUCUGUUUUAAAACUGGAAUCCUUGGUUUUACGCCCGUCUUGUUGUUCUUAUUCCCCAGAGAAUUCAUGUUUUCAUGCCAUAGUCAUGGAAAUUGAAGUGAAUCCCAUUUUGUCCGUUGUCCUUGAUAAAGAAGUGUACUCAGUCUAGGGUGAAAUUUAGUCUAGAAACACACAGGCUAAUCUUUCUUAACUGAAACCAGUGUGUAUGGACCUGAAAAUAGGCCAUCAUGCAACAGCAUACAUGGUAAUAAUGACCUUUAAUUUAAAGAUGCUUAUGUAUGUAGGAUGUAAAUCUAGUACUGAAAAGUAGCUAUAUUAUUAUGGUUAACGUGUGUUAUUGGGUCCCUCCCUCGGAGAAAAGACUAUAUGUUCCUUAGCUCUUGUAUUAAAGACAAACAUGUUCCAAGAUAUUGUGGCCGUGGGAUCGUUUUAUUUAUUCGUACAGAAAAAAAUAUACACACACACACUUAACAGGCCAUGUAUCACAGCAGUUUGACACUCAUUGAUUGUCUUUGUCAUUCAUUCAUUCAUGGGUAUGCUCUUUAAGUUAUUUUAUGUCAUCCUCAUUUCAUACUUGAACAGUGGGGCCAUGUUGGGUGUGGUGCACCCACCCAGCUCCUCCCCUCGCCUGGGUCUUGGGACAAGUUUUGGGAGGUGCUGCACGUUGUAUCUUUUUUUUUUUCUUUUUGUUCUUGAACUAAGCCAUGGCUUUGCAUGGGAACUGAACUGGGAGGCCUGCAGAGCAGAAUACGUGAUGGAGAGCCCAGUGCGUCCAUGAGUGAAUAAUUUUGAAUGAAUGCCAGCAUCUUCCUCCACAGGCAGCUUUGAAUCUUUGUCUCUAUUUUCUAGAUUUCCUGUGAUUGUUUGCUUGUGUAUUUGUGUGGGGGGGAAACGUCAGGGAGGCUUUUUUUUUUUUCCUCUGUCUCUCAAGAUUGAGCGUUUGAGGUUUGGGGAUGACGCUGCAGUUAAAAUGGUGACACUAAAAACAGACCUAAUCACACCCAUGCCACUUUGCUGCAGGAAUCCAGGAUACCUGUUGAACGACUGCCAUGUCUUCAUAGUGCCACUUACAUCAAGUUACGUAGAUGCCACAUAAUUCCAGGUUACACCCUCAAAUCAGAUUGAAUCUGCUCCAAGUUUACAAGGUAAUCCCUCCCAAAAAUCACUGUAAGAGUCCCUAAAAAUACACACAACAUUUGAAUUAAAUGCAGUAGCGUGUACAACUUCAGAAGUUGCACAUUAACUUCUGACAAACUCCAGCAACAGGCUCUCACCUCCUUAUUUCUCUUUUUUCCUGACAAACCGAAGACACUUAGGACAUAAUGUCACUCUCUUAACCCGUCCACCCUGGUGAUGUUUGAACGCAACAAUUUCCUUGCAUUCUUCAUAACCAAUUAGGACACAUUGCCAAGUAACUGCAAUGAAUUCCUAUUCCCAGCUGUAGUAAGCGUGUGUGCUAUACAAUGUGUGUGGGCUGAUAAAGUCUGUAAGCAUACUCUGUAGAAUCUUCACCAAAGAUGAUGUCCAUCUAUGUUUCCGUCCCGCUAUUUUCUUUACAAAGAAAUGUUUUUCCCCCCCUUGAAAACACUUGUUAUAUACAGUUCUUUUGGCAUUUUGAGUAUGGUUUGUUUUUGUAUAUCCAUUGACCGGUGUAUUUUUGAUUUGUACAAGAAAAACCUAUAUGAAUUGAACUUGUCAGGCUUCUUUAGUGCGUUUGUAGCUGUCAGUGGCCACCUGUAUAUAUUGUAAACUGCGAUAUUGCUAUGGGUACAGUAUCGUAGUUUUGUGUAUAUAAUGAAUAACAAAAUGGCAAAUUCUGACCCUCCUGCAACCAGCUCAUCCCAUCCUCCUGAAAACAUUGUAAGACCCCCGUACCUUUUCCCUGUCAGACUGCUGGGAUUGUGAAGUUAUUACUGUUUCUAAAUUAUUAGUGAUCCUGUGUUUCUCAAUAGGUAAGGCAUGGCACUAACACUGCCAGGAUUACACCUUCCAUUGCCACCCAUGCUAAAAAUGUAUGCACUCAUGGUACUGUAAGGUGCUGUGGUUAAAAGUGUCCACCAACUGGCAUAUGUGAAGUCUUGUAUUUUUAUUUUAUUUUUUUACCAGUAACAUUUGGUUGUAAACAUUGUGAUGCAACAUCAGGAUUCCUGUCUCCAGACGAGAGACUUUGAGCUAUGAACUGCGAAGACUGUUGGAGCUGCUGAUCCAGUGCACUGAGAGAGUCCAAGACAGACUGGAGGCUGGAUAAUGUCAAAGCCUUCCUCACUCUCAGCCCCUUCCCCAGGUGUACAAAUCAGUAUUAAAGGGACAGUUCACCCAAAUUGAGAAAGAAAUGUUCCCACUUUCCGCUAGUUGAAUCUGUCCAUUCAGUGUCUGUGUGAUUUGGUGAGGUUUCCAGUCGGCCAAAGUGUUUCCCAGCACCCUAAUAAAGGGCUGGAUGGGUAGUCGUUUGUGGAGUUCAAACUUUCAACAAUCUAAAUGAGGAAAAAAAAAAUGACAUGGAUACCAUAAUUCAGAGCCACUAGAGUGAAGAGUGUCAUUGGGAGGCAAGAAUAUUGACAAACUAUAUCUAUUGAUUCUUCACAAGUACGAAUUAAAGGCAGAUAGGUACAGUUUACCUGUGUUCUGCAGGAACGAACAGUUUGCCAACAUUGUGGCAGACUGGAAACUUCACCAAAUCACCAAAACAGGUGUUGCUUUCAAGUUUGUGAUCAGGGACACAAGAAAAGGUAAUGUCCCAUUUGAAUUGACUUGGAAGUAAAAACCUUGAAAUGUGGUUUAAGGAAUAUCACCAUCCCGAAUAACAAUGGGACCAAGUGCCACCCCCAACAAAUAGACCAAGACCCAAUCACAAGCAAUACCUCUGAUGUCCUCUUUAAUUUUGCCCCACCAGAAACAGGAGUCUGGAUGAAAGUUCCCACUCCCCUUUACCCCAAACUUCGUUCUUUUCCCUCUCUCUGCAAAGCUGUCUGAUGUUUGUUUUUUUGUUUUGGUUUUUCUAAAGACUGCCUGCUUCUAGAGUAUGUUUCAUUUUUUUGACUGCACUAAAGAUGUCAACUGAUGAUGUCAUGAUAAAAACCAUCCCCCAUUAUGGAUCGGAUGGAAACUAUUAUAGCAAGAACUGAACUGCUUCCCCUCAACCUUUGUGGUCCUCAAAGAUGUCUAGUGCCCGCACUAGCGCCGUGCCCCCUGGCUGCGUCUGUGGUGGAGUGUUUUUUUUUUGUUUUGUUUUGUUUUUCUGAUGACUGCAGUGCGGUCGGUGUUUGUGCACUCGGGGUCCAGCACCACCGCUAACCCAACGUCCCUCUCUCCAGUCGUCCGAUGUGUAAAACCUCCACCACGAAACUUCACCACCUUGCAUGCACUACCCACACUGAAGCUGCACCUCGCAUGAUGACAAACUUUCAAAGGACUCGUGUAGAAAAAAAAUAAACAGAUAAAGAUAGAUAUAUAAAAUGAAUAAAAAAGAAUAAAGGAGAUCUUAGUUUACUUUU